AUGGAGGGUAUAGGCCUUGGCAUUGGCACUCUUGCACUUGUCGGUGUCUUUGGAGACUGUGUGGAACUCCUGUCAUAUAUCGGAGCAGCAAAGUCAAUGGGCCAGGAUUACGCCGUGCUAGCAACAAAGCUCGACAUCCAGAGAGUUCUUCUGUACCAGUGGGCCAACAGGCUGAAUCUUUUCGAUUCCAUAAACUACGACAAGCGACUUGAUAUGCCCGAGAUUAGGUCACCCGUCUCUCAAGGGCUUGAUUGCAUUCGCCAGCUACUAGAAGACGGCCACAAACUCGAGCAACGAUACGGUGUUAGACCCGCCAAGAUUCAUGAAUCAAUUGAAUUACCGACAGCUCUUAGUAAUCGGCUGAGGUCACAAUUCAGCCGAAUGACACGCAAGCUUCGAUCUCGUCGCGAUGUUCAGCCACUCCAGCUAUACCAAGCUGUCAGAUGGAUUAUCAAAGAUAAAAAACAGUUCGAAAGCCUCGUCCAGAGCUUAGCCGAUCUAACUGCCGGCAUCGACGCAGUCAUACCUCAACAAAGCGGUGAUUCCACGAAUGUCGCACUGCAACACGAAAUAACCAAUUUGAGUUCUGUCAGUGAGCUAAAGACUAUCAAGAGUGCUUUGCCGAAUGAGGAUAUCAACAUCACUUGCAGGGUAGAAAAGGCCAUCGAUCAGGAGUGUGCCAAAUUAAUUAUCAACCGCCUUUGGUUUCGCUUGAUUGAUGACAGAAAAGGUUUUGUUUCUGCAGCACAUUCCGAAACUUUUAAGUGGGCAAUCGAACCUCCUAAUCCUGGAAGCAAUUGGAGCGACUUGGGUCAGUGGCUACGAUCUGGAGCUGGUAUAUACUGGAUCUCUGGUAAACCUGGAAGCGGGAAAUCCACAUUGAUGAAAUACCUCUUUGAAAAGUCCAAAGCCCCAGAACUACUGCAAAAAUGGGCAGGGAGUCGGAAAUUGACCAUAGCUAACUUUUUUCUGUGGAACGUUGGAACCUCGGAGCAGAAUACCCUUCAUGGUCUGGCGAGAGGUCUUUUGUACGGUGUUCUGAAGGAAAACCAGUCACUUAUUCCGUUUGCUCUUCCAAACAUGUGGCAGGAGGCUCAGAGCGGUGUCAAAGACUUGAAGCUCCCUUCAAGCACGGAACUAAACUGGGCCUUCCAGCAACUUGGCAAAUCAUCUACACAAGGCGCAUUCGCUUUCUUCAUUGAUGGUAUCGACGAGUUCAAAGGCAACCAUCGAGAAGGGAUAUCAUUUAUUCAGAAACUUGCUUCCAGCACGCACAUAAAAAUUCUGCUUUCAAGCCGGCCUAUCGACACGUGUGUUGCAGCCUUCCGCACAAGACCUCAACUGAGACUACAGGAUCUUACGAAGCGAGAUAUCGAAAAAUACGUCAACGACACAAUUCAGUCUUAUCUUUGCCGAGAUGGCGACAGUUAUCUUGAAGAAGUCGAUGUUCGAGAAUUGAUCAUAACUCUGCAAGACAAGGCGGAGGGUGUGUUUCUCUGGGUCAUACUUGCUUGUCGCACACUACUUGGCCGCUUUGAUGCAUAUGACUCUGCAGAGGAGAUCCAGCGGGCAGUUGACCAGCUACCAGAAGAACUCGAGGAUCUUUUCCGCACUAUAAUCGAGAAUAUACCACAGGGGGUUCGGCAACAAGCAUCGAAAUUGCUGCGCGUCUGCUAUACCCAAAGAUCACUUCAUUUGGAGGCACCCAUUCCUACUUUUGCACUUUCAUGGGCAGACGAAAAGGGCAUGUCAUUGGAUAAGAUGAAAGACUUUACUCAAUGCUCACCUGAUAAUAUGAAGAAGAAAUCCGCAGUGCUAGAAGGACGUCUUCGUAGUCGGUGCAGAGGGUUAUUGGAAGUACAUGGCGAUGCUUCCAAAGGUCACCUAACAAAGCCUCAGGAGGAUAGUCCUUUCGUUGACUUCAUGCACAGAACGGUAUAUGAGUUUCUUGACAAGACAGAGGUCCUAGAAAUGGACUGUUUGAAGAUAGACGACAAUGGUUUUGACCAGACCGCAGCCUUGGGAUGCAUGUACUGGUAUAUGGUAUUUCUCGAUAUGGACCCCUUCUCAGAGGAAAAU